GCCCGGUGCAGCCGCCGCUCGCAAGCUGCCUGGAGCAGCGGGGGGCACAGCGCUGCGGGAGGCCCCGCGACGCGCCUGGCUGGGGGAGGGGCCGUUCGCAGCUGGCCCCGGGGCUGCCCGCCGUAGCGGGGGCAGCAUGCUGGUGCAAGGCCCGCUCCCCAGCGUGCGGAUGCUGAAGCCCAACAAACGAGCUCUGGCCUCCAGGCUGGAGCUGCCUAAGUGGACAGCGGUACCAAGCCAGGCUUCAGAUUAUGAAGUCCGGCAGUAUGAACCAGCUAAAUGGGUUGCCGCUCCUGUUAAAUCAAUGGACUAUGAUUCAGCUGUUAGCACUGGCUUCAUGAAGCUUGACUAUAUUCAGGGCAAGAAUGAGAAAGGGAUGAAGAUGGAGAUGACAGCUCCAGUAACAUACCACGUGGAACCUGGUGCAGGUCCAUUCUGCAAGUCCACUAUUAGUCUUUUUUAUAUACCAUCUGAUCAUCAAGCUGAUCCAUCUGAGUCAGGUUUCAUUGAAAACAGACCAGAAAUGACUGUGUUUGUCAGGUCCUUUGGAGGAUAUUUCAGUGCCACAAAGAACCAAGAAGAACUACUGACACUAGCAGAAAAUUUGAAGCGGGAUGGGAAAGUGUUUGGGGAAAAGGUUCCUUGGAGAAAUUGUGGCAGGCUGCUACAAACACUGAACACUCUGAGUCCAGGCUCUCAUGCCAAAGGGACACAAUUGCAAUUUCCUAGGCUGAAGCAUGCUCAGUGAACACUGAGUGAGUUGGAGGAGCACGCUCAGCGUGGUUGGCCUGGAGCUCUGAGGGUAUGCAGUAUCCUCAGUGAAGAUGGAACAUUUGCUGCCAGCCUGGAACAUGCACAAACCAAGAUUUUCAGAGGUUUAUUAUACAGCCAUAUUUCACAGGGAAAGUAAAAGGCACAUCUCUAAGCUAGGCUGAAUUCCUUGCCUAAUUUCAAGUCCCUGUUCCAAAGCAUGGAGACACGGGACCUUCUCAAUGAAAGGGGAGGGAGGGGGAAGGGGGAGAGAGAAAAGUGUGUUCUAACAUGGCCAAAACAAUCUUAUUUUUUCCUAGUCUUGUUCUCAAACAACUAAACCAUUUUUUGCUGAAUCUUUCCUGAAAAUUCAGCCUGAAGCAGACACGCAACAUGGAAAAUUUCAGCCCUAGUAGUUAAAGUUUAGCAAAAUUAUAAGCAACUGAAAACUGGGGUCUUUUAAAGGGAAGUCUCAGGUAAUAUUAACUAUAGGCAUAACUGCCAGCUGUAUUUUAUUUUUAUAUCUUGUGUAAGUGUGUGUAUAGAUAUAUCUACACACAAAUAUACACAUUAAUUCCAUGUAUGUAUUCCAUACAGAGUGAACCUUUGUGUGUAUAUAAUGUAAAAUAUUGCCCUCAAGAAACCAGUAUUUCCUUUGUACAAUAAUUCUUUCAGCUUCAGGCAUUAUAUCACAAUUUUCUUUUUUUAAGGGCUAUCACAAAGUUAGGGAAAGCCAACAUUGUGAUAUAAUGUCUAAAAUGGAGAGAAUUAUUUCACAAAUGAAAUAAUAAAUGCGUCCUGAGUGUCCUGAUUCCUAGUCAUACGCAUUAGCCACAAGACUUCCUCUUUUCUAAUAUUUGUGAUGGAAAAGCCACACAAACUGUGUGCACAAACUGAGUAAUUACAUUCCUAGUGAGUGCAAGUAACCAAUUACAAUGACCCUUUGGAAAUUUGGCCCAUAUGUGUUUUGAAGAAAACUACAUGGCCAUAAGAUGGCACCAUCACCACACACAUUCCAAAUGCAAGUUCUUCAACUGUUCCAGUCGUAGGUAAUUUUUUUCUGCCUACCAGCUAGGUUAAAUGGUGCACCUGCUUCUCACUGAAGUGUUGUUGUUUUUUUAAAUCUAAAAAAAGCUAAACGAAAAAUCAGGUACCUAUUGAGUUGGGGUUUUUUUUAAACAGGGGAAUGAUGCAUGGAAUCUGUAUUGCAGUCUUCAUUGCUAAACAGUUUGACACAAAAUACCCCACUUUAGACUGGAUUAUGGCAAACUAUAAUCCACACUUGUCAUAUGUUUUUCCAUAUGACUAAUAUAUUAUGUUACUUGCCAGUUUAAGCCACGCUUGCCAUGAAGCAUUAGCGUUGAGCCUCUGUCCCAAACUGCAUCAUAUAACCAGCGAAGGAGAGUAAAAGGGAUGAAGGGGAAAAGGAAUGAAAACAAAAAGAUACACAGAGAAAGCAAAAGUAAAGUUAAUCAGGCAGAUUAAGAAUAAUACAAUAUAAACAAGGUGUAACAUGACAUUUUCAGGGAUCAGGAGAUUUGUAGGGUUAUCAAAACUGGUUUAACUGUGAGCAAUUUUUAAUGUGGAAUUAGUUAAAUAUUAUUAUAAAGCAAUAAAAUGCACGUUCUUGUGUUUA